CGCUGUGUGUGUAUGUGUGUGUGUGUGACCGCAGAGGGCUGCUUCUGCUGAUGUCAGGCACAGUGUGUGAAGACGGGAACUCAAGCACCUCUCAGUGUUUCGUGUUCCUGCUUUAUCUUCCAGUGUGCUGAGGUCACACCGCCUCUGGAUACGGGACUCAUCUUUCUUCCGCCGGGACAUUCUGGAUUGAAAUGAUGGUUCGUUAGAAAAGUGGCUGAAGGUCGAGGUGCGAUAAAGUAGAGAAGAAGAGAAGCCAUCAUGAACCCCAUAAGGAAAGACAUGGAGCUGCUGAGUAACAGCAUGGCCACUUACGCACAUAUAAAAGUGAACAUGGAGAGCUUCGCGCUGUACUUCAUGUUGGGUGUGUGUUCAGGUCUUCUGCUGGCUCUUGUCCUCCUCAUGCUGGGCAUCACCUGCCGAUCGCACUCAAAGACAAAGACGCCCUCCACACCGGACAAGAGACGGCUAAAAGAGUCCAGCGAGGAUGAGGAAGACAAGGAAGAGGAGGACAGUGAGGCAGGAGACGACGAGGACCUAGAAGUCCCAGUGCUCACCGUCAGUCCCUUGAGCGAUCAGACCCAGCUGAACAGCAUGAAUGUGUUCGCUUCAGCAGAAGAGCUGGAGAGAGCCAGAAGACUGGAGGAGAGAGAGCGAAUCGUCAGGGAGAUCUGGAGGAACGGACAGCCGGAUAUACUCGUCAUCGGAACAGGCACACUGGGUCGAGUGCACUAUCACUAGUGGUGUGUUUUUUUUACCUUCAGGACACAGUUGUUUCAUGCAUACAGAGAACCCUACAUGGUGAUGUAACAAAAAAAAUUAGAUGGGAGGAAAAAUUAUAUUUCAAUGCUUUUUCUCUGGCAAAACAUUUAUAUUCUCUUGAGAAACUUUGCGUUCUGUUGCAAAACUUGUGAUUGAAAUAAUAUGAGGUGAGAAGAAAAACAAAUUUUCAGUGGUU